UGAGUCAUUCUUUUUAGCAAGCUCCAACUACCAGAGCCAAGUGCUCCCAUAUAAAUACAGGGCAGACUGUGACGAGUAGUCAGUGAAAGUUUUGAAGUGCAUGAAAGCUGCAAAAAAAUAUGGGGACUUCUUGGACGAAGCACCUUAAGCAGGAGUUCACUCGGGAAAAGCGUUCUCUGAAGACUAAACAUCCACAAUUAAUCCUUCUGUCACAGUGGAAGUUCCACCCAUAUGUCUGGUUGAUUUAUCGAAUCUUCACUGCAGUCUACACCCUGGUCUGGUGCAUUUGCAGUGGAGUCCAAACCCAUCACCCCAAAUGGUUCAUCUUCCUGACACACCUAACCUAUGUCGUCUUGACAUUUUACUUCAACUUGGCAUUGGUAAAUUUGAUUUGCCACAUGGUGCAUGGACAGAAGAGGCCCACACAGAACAUCAGAGCGGCAUCUUUGGAGGAGAUCUCAAGCUGUAAUCCAGUUCCAGAAAUUGAAGUUGAGACUCCUGCUCUGAAGUUGCACACACAAUUCGACCCACCGUCUUCGGUACUGUAUCCCACCAUCUGCAUACAAUGGUGUCUGUACAACCUCAGCUGUGUGACCAGCCUAUUUGUCACUAUUGCUUUCUGGAGCUUUGACUACAUUCCAGGGCGAGCCCCUGACUCCAUCAACAUCAACAUGCACGUGAUCAACUCGGUCCUUGUACUGCUGGAGCUGAGUGUGGCUGCAUCUCCCAUUCACCUCGCCCAUUUUGUUUACACCUUGAUGUAUUGCCUUUCAUUCAUCAUCUUCACCGUCAUCUACUGGGCCGCUGGAGGCACCAACCUCAAGGGAAAGGCAUAUAUCUACAGGUCACUAAACUACAGCGAGACUCCAGGUGCUGCUGUGGGCUGCAUCAUUGGGAGCAUUUGUUUACUCAUGCCAUUCCUUCAGUUCGUGGUGUGGAAUAUCCACUUCCUCAAAUAUCAGGCGUACCUCAGGUUCAACUGGAAGGAUGGUACUGCACCACAAUGUUAGCCUGGUCUUGGAGUUUCCUCAGAUCACUGCAGAAGAAUUCCAAAAGGAGGUAGCAAAGAUGUGAAUGAACCCUGAAAGGAAAACCAUGUCAAAAGCACCAGAAUGGAGAACUAACAUAUUUUGUUUUGAUGGGACUGGCCAGGCUAUAAGUACUUUUUUUUUGUUUACAUUGUUAGGUUUCCCAUUGUGCCAUCCAAUCAGAAAGGCAAUCUGUUUCCAGGGUCUUGACAAGAUCAUUGGUGUCAAAGAGAGGCCAAGGUUUAAUACUGAUGAACUGACUACAAGCUGGUGGAUCUUUCCCUGAAAGACAACAGUAACACUAAUGGAGCUGUUGUGAAGCCCAGCUCCGCUUUACUCUUGCUUCUCUUGCAAAAUCAAAGCUUACGUUUGAUUCAAUGAAACCCAUCAUCGGUUUUGGCAGCUACCAAGAAGUUGUCUGUCACUUGGAGAUACUGGGAAGCUGAAACAUGUUCUGACUUUGCAGAAACAUUUUACAACCAGCUGGGGUUCCCUCUCCACUGUGUGCGACUCAGUCACCAAGCAGUGACCUGUCACUGAAGAAGUCCUCCCAGCUGCUCAGUCUCUGAUAAACAUAUUGUCAGAGCAAAACACUUGGCCUUUGGUAGACUGUGUAAGUGAAUCACACAUUGAAAUGCACUACAAUAAAUUAAGCUGGACACUGCCAAUUGAUAAACCUUCUGGGGUAGCAGCAAAUAUGUAAAGGAAUUUCCAAAUGAUCUAUUGUUGUGUCCCCCUUAUUUCCUGCCUACAUGCUGCUCAUUGGUAAUACUGUCUGAAAACAAGCAUCAUUUUCCAUAUGUACGACACUAGCCCCAGCUCUACAUCACCAUUACCUCUCUUGAUUAUGCCAUUGCCUCUAAAUUGUCAGAAUGCUUUCUAAUAUCCAGAGUGAUACUUUUUCCAACUAUUGGGAAAACCAAAGCUUCCGUCACAUAAUAAAUUCCGUUCCCUAGCCAAUGAAUCCAUCCUUCUUCCUGGCAACUCAAGGCUACAAAAGGCUGUUCAUAACAUUGGUGUUGUAUUUCACAGAAUUGUUAAAUCACAGGCCAUUUCUCCCAUCUUGCCUACACUGGCUUUCGGAGUUUCACACUGUCCUCCUCACAGUUUGAAAUUCUUCCAAGUUUAGUGUCAUCUGUAAAACUUUGAAAUGGUCCCUCGCACACCAAGAUCUAGAUCAUUAAUAUACAUCGGGAAAACCACAGGUCCCAGUGCCAAACACUGGUGAACUCCACUGCAAGCCAGAGAUGGUAAGACCUGCCAAUGCUGGAGUCAGAGAUAACACAGUGUGGAGCUGGAGGAACACAGCAGGCAAGGCAGCACCAGAAGAGCAGGAAAGUUGACGUUUCAGGUUGGGACCCUUCUUCAGAACUCCCUUUCACUCAGCCAAUUUUGCAUCCACAUUACUGCUGCCCCUUUUAUACCAUGAUUUAUAACUUUGCUCACAGGUAUGUCACGUGGCAUUGUGUCAAAUGCCUUCAUGCACAUCACAUCAACAACACUACCCUGAUUGAUCUUUCUGCUAUCUCCUCAAAACUUUGACCCCCAGGAAGAACUUCUGAUGAUAUAUUUCUACCAUUACAUGGACUGCCUAUUUCUAUUUCCAUAUCAUCAGCCAACUCUACCCUAUCUCAGCUCACCUGGUUGAAACCCUCAGGCAUGCUUUUUCUCUCUCAAUUUAGCUAUUUUAAAAACAGCUCUUUUCACCAGCGUUCAUAUUUUUACCCUCUAAUAAACCUGAAGUCAUCCAAUCUGCUCACUUACGUUAAGCCCCAUGCAUUUAGAAUCCCUGUGCCUGCUGAACUAACUCAGCACUUAGAGAAACAAAACCUCAAUUUUAAAUUCUUUAUUGCUUUCAAUAAGGAAUGGCACGGUGGCUCAGUGAUUAGCUCUGCUGCUUCACACC